ACGCACCACCUUUGCUGUGCCAUCAAAUCCCCACGUGACCAUCAGCACACAGAUUCUUCCCCUCUUUCCAUACGAACCCGCCUCCUCCACCAACCCCCCAAGACGGCGAAUUGACGCCCCCUGUUUGGUUACUAGGAUUGACUAGUCCCCAACCGGAAAACCGCUUCCUAUUUUUUUUUUCCGGCAGCGUCCAAACAUGGUCUCCCCGGAAAACACCAACUGGCUCUUCGAUUACGGGCUCAUCGACGAUACCCCUGUUCUGGAUGGCAACUUCACUUGGCCCGUUCAGCCCGUCGCCGGUUCGGCUAGCGUCAGUGUUGAACUUGAUGGCUCAUUGGGGGAUGCUGAGGGACUUAAGGAAUCUGGCUCAAAAAAGAGGGUCAGAUCUGAAUCAUGCAGUGGAACAAGCUCGAAGGCAUGUAGGGAGAAGUUGCGAAGGGACAGGCUAAAUGACAAGUUUGUGGAAUUGGGCUCUAUUUUGGAGCCUGGAAGGCCCCCCAAGACGGACAAGGCUGCCAUUCUGGUUGAUGCUGUACGAAUGGUGAAUCAAUUACGUGGUGAAGCCCAGAAGUUGAAGGACACAAAUUCAGGCCUCCAGGAGAAGAUCAAGGAAUUGAAGACAGAGAAGAAUGAACUUCGCGAUGAGAAGCAGAGGCUUAAAUCGGAGAAAGAGAAGUUGGAACAGCAACUGAAAUCCAUGAAUGCGCAGCCUGGCUUUUUGCCUCCCCCUCCUGGAAUUCCUGCUGCAUUUGCGGCUCAAGGCCAAGCCCACGGCAACAAGUUGGUGCCUUUCAUUGGUUACCCUGGGGUUGCCAUGUGGCAAUUCAUGCCACCUGCCGCUGUGGAUACUUCGCAGGAUCAUGUACUCCGCCCACCGGUUGCUUAAGUCCGGCUUAAUCUAAAAUGAUUGGGGUGUUGAUUUGGGAUAACAUUUUGUCCCAAACAAAUGUAUUAUUAUCGUGUCAUUGUUCAUGUAUUUUUGUUUAACUAUGUACUAACUGAAUUUGGUGGGUGAAUUGACUGUAUUUGCAACUGCAAUUGCAAACCUGGCUACGUUUAUGAAUUAGUAUGCUGGUAUUUACAUGUAAA